UUGAUCUGUUUACAUUGUGCUUUAUAAAAUUUGUGGCUUAUUACAUAAAAAUAUUCUCAUAAGUGUGUGUUAUAUUUUUGAAAUCAAGAUGAUGAAAAUUGGUUUUAUAGGGGGAGGAAAAAUGGCACAGUCGAUGGCCAAGGGAUUUAUUAAUGCGGGACUUACAAAAGGCGAACAUCUUGUUGCAAGCUGCCAUCCAUCAGACAAACAGAGUGUAGAAGCUUUUACGGGAAUGGGUGGAAAAUCCACAUUUGAUAAUACGGAAGUUGUUAAAGAUGCUGACGUAGUUUUGAUAUCAGUUAAGCCUCAUAUUAUUCCGGAAGCUUUAGGAGAUGUCACGAAAAAGUAUUCAAACAUGGACAAACUCUUCAUGUCAGUUGCAAUGGGCGUCACGACAAAACAACUAGAACAGGAUUUACCAAAAGGUUCGCGAGUCAUAAGAGUAAUGCCUAACAUACCAGUGAUGGUUGGUUGCGGUGCUUCCGUCUACACUCUCGGAAGUGCAGCGACGGAAGCAGAUGCUGAAACAACACGUUCCUUAAUGUCAGCAGUUGGCACUUGUGACUAUGUAUCUGAAUCAUUGUUUGAUGUAGUUACUGGACUGAGUGGAUCUGGUCCAGCAUAUAUAUUCGUGUUAAUCGAGGCUUUGGCUGAUGGUGGGGUUAAGAUGGGUUUACCGCGAGAUCUCGCUUAUAAAUUAGCAUCUCAGACAGUCUUGGGUGCAGGAAAAAUGGUUCGUGAUACAAAUGAACAUCCUGGAAAACUGAAAGAUGAUGUUACUAGUCCAGGUGGUACAACUGCAGCCGGCCUCUCAUUUUUAGAACACAAAGGAUUUCGUGCAGCUGUCCAAGGAGCUGUAGAAGAGGCAUGCAAAAGAGCAAUGAUGGUGUCAAAACCAAGUUAAUUUUAAUUGUAGAAUUAUUGUUAUAAUAUGAAACAUUCACAUAUUUUAUUAGCUCAUGAAGG